CACUGCAGUUCAAAUGAAUCGGAUCCUGCGUGUCUCACUUCCUCGUCCGACACCGUCCCGCGUCCGACAUGGCAACCAGGUGGGGGAUCUGCAGCGCGGGGAAGAUCAGUCAUGAUUUCACCGUGGCCCUGAAAUCUCUCCCUGCUGAAGACCACCAGGUCGUGGCUGUGGCAGCGCGCAGGCUGGAGGACGCACAGGGGUUCGCCAGAAAGCACAGCAUCUCCCGAGCGUACGGCAGCUACGAGGAGCUCGCCAAAGAUCCAGACGUUGAUGUGGUGUACGUUGGAGUCAUCCACCCCUACCAUCUGAGCACAUGUCUGCUCUUCACGAACGCCAAGAAGAACGUGCUGUGUGAGAAGCCGCUGGCAAUGAACACCAAGCAGGUGAAGGAGAUCCUGGCCUCCGCCGAGAGGAACGACGUCUUUCUCAUGGAGGCUGUCUGGACCCGCUUCUUCCCGGCCUCUGUGGAGAUCAGAAGGCUUCUGGCCCAGGGCGAGGUGGGAGAUGUGAGGAUGAUCAGGUUGGAGUUCGGCUUCCCGCUGAUGCACGUGCCAAGAUCGGUGCAGAAGGAGCUGGGUGGAGGGGCGACGCUAGAUCUGGGCAUCUACUGCCUGCAGUUCAUAUGCAUGGUGUGUAACGGAGAGAAGCCAGAGUGCAUAAAGGCCACGGGGGUCUGCCUGGAGACAGGAGUGGAUGAGACUGUGGCCGUCACUCUGAAGUUCUCCAAGAACAGACUGGCUGUGUUCACCUGCUCUUCAAAUAUAAAGCUGUCCAACGAUGCCAUUAUUGUGGGCACGAAGGGCACAAUCAGGGUCCCUGACCACAUGUGGUGCCCCACGUCAUUAGUGGUGAAUGGGAAGGAGACGGAGUAUCCAGUGCCAGAACCCUAUUUGCCUCUGAACUUCAUCAACAGCACGGGGAUGCGUUAUGAAGCGGAGGAGGUUCGGCAGUGUUUGCUUAAAGGGCUGAAGCAGAGCGCAGUUGUUUCUCACGCCGACUCUCUUUUGCUGGCCGAGCUGGAGGAUGAGAUUCGAAGGCAGGUGGGGGUGGCGUACAGCCAGGACUGCCAGUAAAUGUUCUACAUACACAAAGACCAUAUAAUGUUAUAUAAGUAUAAAUAGACAAUAAUUUCGCCCCCUACGGUUCAAAGUGAACUUUACAUUCAUACACUACUGCCAAUUUACAUGAUUUUCUGCGGAUGAAAAAAGUAUUUUCUCAUACGAUUGACCUUGGUUAGCUUCAGUAAUGUGCUCUGAUAAAGAUCCUCAAUAUAUUUGUAAGCUCUCAAAGUCAAUCAUGAACCCAUCCAGGCCUCACUGAAACACUACAAAGCUUUGAUAAUUUCUAAAAUAAAGAGUCUCUACGUAAACCUCAA